AUGCAGACGCUGCCGAAUGAAGUUCUAGCCAAGGUUCUAUGUCGUUUGCCUGUCAAGAAUCUGCUCCGUUUAAGAUGCGUAUCUAGAUCCUGGCUCGCACUAAUUAGUAACCCCCUUUUCGUCAAAUUGCAUCUGAAGCGAUCGGCUAAAACCAAGAUCAACCUUAAUCUCUUCCUGAGUUACGAGGGUCUCUGCCGUGUGGAUUUUGAUUCCGUAGAGGAUAGCGGCGAUCUUCUUCAACAGAUGGUGAUAGAUUACAAUCCCUUGAGGCAUCAGGAUUAUAGGACCAAUAUAUGGGGAUCCUGUGAUGGAUUGCUCUGCAUAUCAAAUGUCUACAACUUAUCUGUCUUUUUAUUGAAUCCAUCAACUAGAAAGUUUAUAGAACUACCUUUCAUACCAGUUGAGGUCCCAAAUCUCCCCAACCUUCAGACACAUUGUUAUUAUGGAUUUAGUUCCGAUAACACCAACGACGAUUACAAAGUGGUGAGACUUGUGGUAUUUCGAGACGACAGUGGAGACGCCGCUGAUUACGAGGUUAAUGUUUAUAGUUUGAGAUUAAAUUCGUGGCAUAAAUAUGAAAAGUUUCCCAAUCAAUAUCCGACUUUCGACAGAAUUGGAAAUUCCAUUGCGGGUGGAGCCAUGCACUGGGUGUCAAGAGGGGAGGACGAUAAAUGUUGCAUUGUUGCCUUUGAUUUUAGGACAGGGGAAUACCGAGUAAUUCCAUGGCCUCAGUACCAUGGUCUUAUUUUCAUUUUUACUUUGAGUAGUUUAGGAGGAUGCUUAUCGUUAACUUGUAAUUACUAUUCGGAGGAGGUGGAGGUAUGGUUGCUGAAGGAGUAUGGCGAGGGGAGUGAAUAUUGGUCGAAAUUGAUUACAAUGGAACUAGUUACUAUCCAGGUUGUGAGACCUGUUGCUUAUUCAAAAAGUGGUGGGAAAGUACUGUUGGAGUUGGAUUAUGAGACCCUUGUUUGGUAUAACUUGGAACAGCGGUCACUUGAAGAAGAUAUUAGGUUUCAUUCUACGGAAGAUGUAAUUGAUGCAGCAUCUUGUUUGGAAAGUUUAGUCUCUGUAGAUGUGUUGCGGCGGCUGUAA